AGUUAUGAAGAUUUUAACUCAAAAUUGCUGGGGACUAUUGUAACUGAAGAAGAUGAUGAAGGUGAAGACGAUGAAAAAAAAGAUUUGGAAUCGUCUGAUGAUGAAAAAAAAGAUAUAGAAUC